GUGGGGGCAGGGAGCCGAUUUGCAUGCGGCCGCCGCGGCCGCUGCCUGAGCCGGAGCCCGCCGCCGCCGGAGCCCGCGCCCGCGCCCGCGCCCGGCCCGCGCGGCCCCAUGCCUCUGGCGCGGCCCUCGGGGGGGCGAAGGUGAAGAUCGGCUCCUAGGAUGAGUGAAGGGGCGGCCGGUGCCUCGCCACCUGGUGCCGCUUCGGCAGCCGCCGCCUCAGCCGAGGAGGGCACCGCGGCGGCUGCGGCGGCGGCGGCGGCGGCGGCGGCGGCGGGCGGGGGCCCGGACGGCGGCGGAGAAGGGGCGGCCGAACCCCCCCGGGAGUUACGCUGUAGCGACUGCAUCGUGUGGAACCGGCAGCAGACGUGGUUGUGCGUGGUGCCUCUGUUCAUCGGCUUCAUCGGCCUGGGGCUCAGCCUCAUGCUGCUUAAAUGGAUCGUUGUAGGCUCCGUCAAGGAGUACGUGCCCACGGACUUGGUGGACUCCAAGGGAAUGGGCCAGGACCCCUUCUUCCUCUCCAAGCCCAGCUCGUUCCCCAAGGCUAUGGAAACCACCACCACAACUACUUCUACCACGUCCCCCGCCACCCCCUCUACCGGCGGCGCUGCUUCUUCCAGGACGCCUAACCGGAUUAGCACCCGCUUGACCACCAUCACGCGGGCACCCACCCGCUUCCCUGGGCACCGGGUGCCCAUCCGGGCUAGCCCGCGCUCUACGACCGCACGGAACACUGCUGCCCCUCCGACGGUCCUGUCCACCACGUCCCCUUUCUUCAGUAGCAGCACGCCAGGCUCCCGACCCCCGAUGCCAGGAGCCCCCAGUACGCAGGCGAUGCCUUCCUGGCCCACUGCAGCGUAUGCUACCUCCUCCUAUCUCCACGACUCCACUCCCUCCUGGACCCUAUCACCCUUUCAGGAUGCUGCCGCCGCCUCUUCCUCCUCACCCUCUUCCACCUCCUCCACCACCACCACCACCCCAGAAACUAGCACCAGCCCCAAAUUUCAUACUACAACAUACUCCACUGAACGAUCUGAGCACUUCAAACCCUGUCGAGACAAGGACCUGGCGUAUUGUCUCAAUGACGGUGAAUGCUUUGUGAUUGAGACCCUGACAGGAUCCCAUAAGCACUGUCGGUGCAAGGAAGGCUACCAAGGAGUCCGUUGUGAUCAAUUUCUGCCGAAAACUGACUCCAUCUUAUCGGAUCCAACAGACCACUUGGGGAUUGAAUUCAUGGAGAGUGAAGACGUUUAUCAAAGGCAGGUGCUGUCAAUUUCAUGUAUCAUCUUUGGAAUUGUCAUCGUGGGCAUGUUCUGUGCUGCCUUCUACUUCAAAAGCAAAAAACAAGCUAAACAAAUCCAGGAGCAUCUGAAAGAAUCGCAGAAUGGGAAAAAUUACAGCCUGAAGGCAUCCAGCACAAUGACGAAGUCUGAGAGCUUGAUGAAGAGCCAUGUCCAACUACAAAAUUAUUCCAAGGCAGAUAGGCAUCCUGUGACUGCGCUGGAGAAAAUAAUGGAGUCAAGUUUUACAGCUCCCCAGUUGUUCCCAGAGGUUACUUCUGACCGAGGAAGCCAGCCUAUCAAGCACCACAGCAGAAGUAUUUCUUCUUGUGGCAGCCCAGGACAAAGGAGUGGGAUGUUGCAUAGGAAUACUUUCAGAAGGACACCACCCUCACCCCGAAGUCGACUGGGUGGUAUUGUAGGACCAGCAUAUCAACAACUUGAAGAAUCAAGAAUUCCAGACCAGGAUACGAUACCUUGCCAAGGGAUAGAGGUCAGGAAGACUAUAUCCCACCUGCCUAUACAGCUGUGGUGUGUUGAAAGACCCCUGGACUUAAAGUAUGCAUCCAAUGGUUUAAGAACCCAACAAAAUGCAUCAAUAAAUAUGCAACUGCCUUCAAGAGAGACAAACCCCUAUUUUAAUAGCUUGGAUCAAAAGGACCUGGUGGGUUAUUUAUCCCCAAGGGCCAAUUCGGUGCCCAUCAUCCCGUCGGUGGGUCUAGAAGAAACCUGCAUGCAAAUGCCAGGGAUUUCUGACGUCAAAAGCAUUAAAUGGUGCAAAAACUCCUACUCUGCUGACAUUGUCAAUGCGAGUAUUCCAGUCAGCGAUUGUCUUCUAGAAGAACAGCAAGAAGUGAAAAUAUUACUAGAGACCGUGCAGGAACAGAUCCGGAUUCUGACUGAUGCCAGACGGUCAGAAGACUACGAACUGGCCAGCAUGGAAACUGAGGAUAGUGCGAGCGAAAACACAGCCUUUCUCCCUCUGAGUCCCACGGCCAAAUCAGAACGAGAGGCACAAUUUGUCUUAAGAAAUGAAAUUCAAAGAGACUCUGUGCUAACCAAGUGACUGGAGAUGUAGGGAUCUGUGCAUUCUAUGCUUUGCUUAACAGGAAGGAGAGGAAAUUAAAUACAAAUUAUUUAUAUGCAUUAAUUUAAGAGCAUCUACUUAGAAGAAACCAAAUAGUCUGCCGCCCUCAUAUCAUAGUGUUUUUUAACAAAAUAUUUUUUUAAAGGGAAAGAAGCGUUUCAGGAGUGAUAAAGCUUACCACUAAAGCUUUAGGGGAGAAUUCUGAAUCCAAUUUCAGUUAGUCCUUACACUGUCCUCUUUGGCUCUUGGAAGAUUUGGCAAAUUCCAACCUUUGGUCCCAUACUGCCAGUGUCUAUAUAAAAAAGAAACUGGUGUUCUCCUAGUGUCAAAGAGAUGAAGUUUAUUCCAAGGGCAUAUGUGCCAGUUAAACAGAUAGUCCUGGCCAUUUGACUCUUGAGUUCCAACCCCUAAAUUUCUCUUCAUCAAUGCUCUCUCUACAGGCUACGUCAUGUCAAGGAAUGUAGUGCUUUGUAUUUGAUUUUCAAAGAAUGGCAAGAAAACAUGAGCAGGAGGGAAGACAGAAAAUAGGAGUAAUCCGGGCAAAACUAGCUACUCUCAUGUGCCAUUUUUCUCUGUAAUUGAAAGCACAGAAUCUCAGAGGGAGGUGUGAAAUUAUUGUAGGAAAAGAGACAAAAUGACAGCGUCGUGUUACUAAAAUCAUGCUAAUAGAAAUGUUUUACUCGGAGAGUGUUUAGAAGCUCUGAAAGGGCACCUCUGUGUGUGUGUGUGUGUGUGUGUGUGUGUGUGUGUGUGUGUGUGUGCUCGCGCGCGCGCGCACCUGUGUGCACAGGUGUGAGGGCGCAAGUGUUGUGGCCUUGCUCACCCAAGCACAUAUGCUAUAUGCACAUGUGUUCCCUGUACGUAUGUGUGUGCAUGUGUGUGUGUGUGUGUAUUAAAGCUUGCUAAAAUUUGUUCUGAAACAUCAGGGAAGCUAAUAUUCAGAAGAGAUUUCCCCCUUUAGAUCUUUUCACUUUAAAUUUUCCAUUAAAUGUAAAUUUGGUUAGCGAGUUCUUGAACCAAGGUAACUUGCAUGGUGGGGUCUUACAAAACUCUUGACAAUGUUUAGACCAUUUUCUGAUGUGAAUAAUAUUUAAAAGGAUAGCCUUUGGCUGGUGGAAAUCAGCAUCACAAAGCAAAUUAAUGGAGGAUGUGUUUAUUUUGAAUCAUUUAACUUAAAUUAUUGGCACAAGCCAAUCAUCAAAUUGACAGUUGACUAUUUUAUUUCUCGUCAUCCUCAUUGCUAAUUUACAGCAAGUCUGCUCCGUGUAGACAGAAGCACUGGCUUCUGUGGUUAACAUGGAAGGAAUAAAUUGUUGAAAAUCACAAAUCCCAGACUAUUCAGUUCACAAGCAAUGCCCCCAAGCAACAAAUUGUGUUGUAUGUUCAUUUGGAAUAAAGCAAUAUUUUUACCACUGCUAAGGUGAACUGAAACCUCUCCUGAAGACGUGUCUGUUUUAUUUUCCCUUCUUUUCGUGGGGCAUUCAAGGAAACUAGUGUUCACAUACCCAGUCUCUAUCCAAUUAUUGGUGGUGUUGUUAUGUUUACACUGUUUAAAAUAAAAAGGCACAGUAUUUGAAAGUACAUAAAA